AUGGUUGCAAUCUCUUCCGAACGUGUCAUUGCAAACAAGUCGAUGAAGCAACCAGAGCAGGAAAUGAGCCCCCAUUCCGUCGCAGGAUUUGCCAAGAUUGCUACCGUUAAUCAGGAAGAGUCCAUGCUGGAGAUGUCCGAGUACAAACGCAAGGAAAUGAGUGGUGAACUAUCACCUGAACCGUUUCUUGUUGUGAAUCCGAAUCGUUUUGUGCUUUUUCCUAUUCAGGAGAACGACGUGUGGCAAAUGUACAAGAAAGCCGAGGCUUCGUUCUGGACAGCCGAGGAACUCGACUUGGUGCAUGAUCUCAAGGAUUGGAAAAAACUUACGGACAAUGAACGUCAUUUUAUUAAGCAUGUGCUUGCCUUUUUUGCAGCCAGUGAUGGCAUUGUGAAUGAGAAUCUCGCCAUGAACUUUAGCAAUGAAGUGCAAGUACCUGAAGCUCGCUGCUUUUACGGUUUUCAAAUUGCUAUCGAGAAUAUUCACUCGGAGGUCUAUUCACUGCUUAUUGAUACAUAUAUUAAGAAUGCUGUAGAGAAAGAUCAUCUCCUGCGUGCUAUUGAUACGAUCCCAUGUGUCAAGAAGAAAGCCAAUUGGGCACUCAAAUGGUGUGACCCCCGUGUGUCGUCGUACGCGGAACGUCUAUUGGCGUUUGCUUCGGUAGAAGGCAUUUUCUUCUCUGGCUCCUUCUGCUCUAUCUUUUGGCUCAAGAAACGUGGUCUGAUGCCUGGUCUUAGCUUCUCGAACGAGCUAAUUAGUCGUGAUGAAGGUAUGCACACGGACUUUGCUUGUCUCAUGUACUCGAAACUGGUUAACAAAUUGCCAGCGAGUCGUGUGCACGAGAUUAUUCGUGAUGCUGUGACAAUUGAGCACGAGUUUGUGCGUGACUCGCUCCCUGUCGAGCUCAUUGGCAUGAACUCGGCACUCAUGUGUCAGUACAUUGAGUUCGUGGCUGACCGUCUGCUAUACUCACUGGGUGUUGCCAAGAUUUAUCAUGCCAAGAAUCCAUUCGACUGGAUGGAUAUGAUCUCGCUACAAGGCAAGACCAACUUUUUCGAGAAACGUGUGGGCGAGUAUUCCAAGGCUGGUGUGGGUGUCGCGGCUGAGGAUCAAGUGUUUACUCUGGAUGCUGACUUUUAA